AUAUUUGCAUUUGCGAAUUUAUUUAACCUCUAUUCUCUAAUCUAUCUAACUUCGUUUAAGUACUUUCACUUUUCGCUAGCUAAGUAAUGGUUCUGUGAAGAAGUUCACGCGAAAUGCGAGAAAUUAUCAUGUUCCAAAUUACGUGAUCAGUGUCCCAGAUUUGGCACUGACAAUUUCGAAUGCGAGUCACGUCUAGGUGAUUUACGUAAAACAAUUGUUUGCGAGCGAGUCAUAUGUUGUCAUAAUUGAUCUUAGUUGGGAAAUAACGUUGAGGAAUGUGUGAUAACCUUUGACUAUAUAAGUCAAAGGUGAUAACGGAAUUGCGUCUAUAGAAACGAAGGAGAGAUAAGUGCAGCUCGACUAGGCUCGCGAUUUCCUGAGAAGUCGGAUGAUGCUCGUAACGCAGUUGGAUAGAAACGCUCAUCUUGACACUUUAUCGAUACAGCUCAGUCCUCUCGAUGUGGUUUGCCACGUGUCGUUAUUCGACAGGUAACUGGUUAGUGAUGAUCAAAAGAGUAUACAGAAAUUUUAAUAGUACUAUGCACAAAAUGACGACGCUUAUAGAGAAAGAUUAUGGAACAGUGCAAGUAACACAGUUGCAGAAAGCUGCUUUACAGGAACGCUGCAUACUCGUAGAUAAACUGGAUAAGGCUGUUGGUGAAGCUACUAAGCAAUUCUGUCAUGAGAUUAAUACGGAGGGAUAUGUACCGCUACACAGAGCAUUCAGCGUCUUUCUGUUUAAUAAUAAAAAGGAAUUGUUACUCCAGAAGCGAUCGAGCACCAAGAUAACAUUUCCAAAUUGCUAUACGAAUACGUGCUGCAGUCAUCCCUUAGCGGAGAUUCCUAACGAAAUAGAAGAAGAAGAUGCCAUAGGUGUACGCCGAGCCGCAAUAAGAAGGCUCAGUUACGAGUUGGGUAUACCUAUCGACGAGAUCAAACCUUCUGACCUAUUUUACUUGACAAGAAUUUUCUAUCAAGCACCCAGUAACAAUCGUUGGGGUGAACACGAGAUCGAUUACAUAUUGUUUCUGCAACGGGAUGAUCUCACCAUAAAUCCCAAUCUUGAUGAAGUGAGCGAGAUUCAGUGGAUGUCGCGAUCAGAGAUCGACAAUUUUAUGAAGACCACACCACUGAUGACACCGUGGUUCCGUCUGAUUUACAGUUUUAAAUUGUUACAUUGGUGGGACAAUCUACAUGCCUUAGCUGAAAUGCAAGAUCACCAAAAUAUAACUAUGUUGACGGAUUGAUUUGUAUAUAUGUAUAUAUUUUAUGUCUAUUUUUUUUAGC